CCUCCCUUUCCUUUCCCUCCUCCAUAGGGUUUCUCUGUCCCCCGCCUCCUCCCCCAACUUUGUUUAGAGUGAGAGAAAAUACCACACGCACACACAAGUAAUCUGUAGAGAGAGAGAGGAUAUAUACAUAUAAAUAGAGAGAGAAGGAUUAUGGCUCAGUCACUGGAACUGCUGUUGAUUCAGUUCUUGAUGCCUGACAACGAUGCACGGAGGCAAGCGGAGGACCAGAUUAAGCGGCUGGCCAAGGAUCCGCAGGUGAUUCCGGCCCUGGUCCACCACCUCCGCACGGCCAAGACCCCCAAUGUGCGCCAGCUCUCGGCUGUGCUCCUCCGCAAGAAGAUCACCGGGCACUGGGCCAAGCUCUCCCCUCAGCUCCGUCAGCUCGUCAAGCACUCCCUCAUCGAAAGCAUCACCCUCGAACACAGUCCACCAGUCAGGCGAGCGAGUGCAAAUGUGGUGAGUAUCAUUGCAAAGUAUGCUGUUCCAGCUGGAGAGUGGCCUGAUUUGUUGCCAUUUUUAUUCCAGUGCAGUCAGAGCCAACAAGAAGACCACAGAGAAGUGGCAUUGAUCCUUUUCAGCUCUUUAACCGAAACAAUCGGAAAUUCAUUCCAGCCACAUUUUGCAGACUUGCAAUCUCUUUUACUCAAGUGCCUUCAGGAUGAGACCAGUAACAAAGUUAGAGUUGCCGCACUAAAGGCAAUUGGCUCUUUCCUUGAGUGCACUCAUGAUGGGGUUGAAGUGGUCAAGUUUCGAGAGUUCAUUCCUAGCAUUUUAAAUGUAUCAAGACAAUGCCUUGCCUCUGGUGAAGAGGAUGUGGCUGUAAUUGCUUUUGAAAUUUUUGACGAGCUGAUUGAAUCUCCUGCACCUCUUCUUGGGGAAUCAGUUAAGGCCAUAGUGCAGUUCUCUCUUGAAGUUUGCUCUAGUCAGAAUUUGGAAACUAGCACUCGGCAUCAGGCUAUCCAAAUAAUUUCAUGGCUUGCAAAGUACAAAUCCAAUACCCUUAAAAAGCACAAGCUGGUCAUUCCUAUCCUGCAAGUUAUUUGUCCACUGCUUGCUGAAGCUUCCGAGAAUGAUAAUGAUGAUGAUCUUGCACCGGAUCGUGCGGCUGCUGAAGUUAUUGAUACCAUGGCUUUAAAUCUUUCGAAACAUGUGUUCCCGCCUGUCUUUGAAUUUUCUUCUUUGAGCAGUCAGAGUGUUAAUCCGAAGUUUCGGGAAGCAUCAGUUACAGCAUUAGGUGUUAUUUCAGAGGGUUGUUUGGAAUUGAUGAAAAAUAAAUUGGAGCCAGUUCUUCAGAUAGUCUUGGGGGCUCUCAGAGAUCCUGAACAAAUGGUAAGGGGGGCUGCAUCAUUUGCACUGGGUCAAUUUGCAGAGUAUUUGCAGCCUGAGAUUGUGUCUCACUAUGAAAGUGUUCUUCCUUGCAUUCUAAAUGCUCUGGAGGAUGCCUCUGAUGAAGUAAAGGAAAAAUCAUACUAUGCUCUGGCAGCAUUUUGUGAGAACAUGGGUGAAGAAAUACUUCCUUUUGUUGAUCCUCUGAUGAUAAAAUUGCUUGCAGCUCUUCAGAAUAGCCCCCGUCAUUUGCAGGAGACAUGCAUGUCUGCAAUCGGUUCAGUUGCAUCUGCUGCGGAGCGAUCCUUCAUUCCAUACGCUGAAAGGGUUCUGGAGUUGAUGAAAAUAUUCAUGGUGCUGACAAAGGACGAGGACCUCCGGUCACGAGCAAGGGCAACUGAAUUAGUUGGCAUAAUCGCAAUGUCUGUGGGGAGAAAGCGGAUGGAACCAAUUUUACCCCCUUUCAUUGAAGCCUCCAUAGCUGGGUUUGGGUUGGAGUUCAGUGAACUUCGGGAAUACACUCAUGGCUUCUUCAGCAACAUAGCAGAGAUUUUGGAUGAUGGAUUUGCGCAGUACCUUCCGCAUGUAGUACCUCUAGCAGUUUCCUCCUGCAAUCUUGAUGAUGGAUCUGCUGUGGAUAUUGAUGAAUCCGAGGAUGAGAAUGUUAAUGGAUUUGAUGGAGUUUCCUCUGAUGAUGAAGCUCAUGAUGAACCAAGGGUUCGAAAUAUCAGCAUAAGAACUGGAGUAUUGGAUGAGAAGGCUGCUGCAACUCAGGCCCUUGGCUUAUUUGCUUUGCAUACAAAGAGUUCCUUUGCACCCUAUUUGGAGGAGUCAUUGAAGAUUUUGGUUAGACAUUCAACCUACUUUCAUGAGGAUGUUCGGCUUCAGUCCAUUACUUCAUUGAAACAUAUUUUGACAGCUGCCCAAGCCAUAUUCCAAUCUCAACAUGAAGGGCCAACGAAGGCAAGAGAAGUCUUAGAUACUGUAAUGAACAUUUAUAUCAAGACGAUGACUGAAGAUGAUGACAAGGAAGUUGUCGCUCAAGCUUGUAUGAGCAUAUCUGACUUUAUCAAAGAUAAUGGAUACAUGGCGAUUGAACCAUAUAUUGUCCGGCUUGUUGAAGCAACAAUGAUAUUGCUUAGAGAGGAAUCAGCUUGUCAGCAAACAGAAUCUGAUGGUGAAAUUGAUGAUGAUGAUACUGAACAUGAUGAAGUGCUAAUGGAUGCAGUUUCUGACCUCCUUCCUGCCUUUGCGAAGUCCAUGGGGUCCCAAUUUGCCCCCAUCUUUGAGAAUAUGUUUGGUCCUUUAAUGAAAUUUGCGAAAGCUUCUCGCCCACCACCGGAUCGGACCAUGGUGGUUGCAUGUCUUGCAGAAGUUGCUCAGCAUAUGGGAGCUCCAAUUGCAGGAUAUAUUGAUGCUGUAAUGCCCUUGGUACUCAAAGAACUACUAUCAUCGGUGGCAACUAAUAGGAGGAAUGCUGCGUUUUGUGUUGGAGAGCUGUGCAAAAAUGGCGGUGAUUCUGUUCUAAAAUACUAUGGCGAUGUACUACGUUCACUUUAUCCACUGUUUGGGGAUUCUGAGCCAGAUGAUGCUGUUAGGGAUAAUGCAGCUGGUGCAGUGGCAAGGAUGAUAAUGGUCCACCCUGAAUCCAUUCCUUUGAAUCAGGUGAUUCCUGUUUUCUUGAAAGUUCUACCUUUGAAAGAAGAUCGCGAGGAAUCCGCGGCUGUCUACAGUUGUGUGUGUAAUCUUGUUCUUUCAUCUAAUCCCCUGAUACUGUCUCUAGUACCAGAGUUGGUAAAUAUUUUUGCCCAAGUUGCAGUAUCACCUGAUGAAACCUCUGAAGCCAAAUCUAAUAUAGGGAGGGCUUUCUCACACCUGAUAUCUCUAUAUGGGCAUCAGAUGCAGCCCAUUUUGAGCAGUCUUUCACCAACACAUGCUAAUGCCUUGGCUGCAAUUGCUCCGAAAAGUUGACACUUCAUCAGGCCUUCUGGCAUUCUACUUUUUGAGUGGAUUUUUUCUUCAGUUAUGAGUUCGGUUCUCAGGGUUGGUUUGUUUCAUCAAUUUGGAGUUGAAGAUUUUGAACAGGUUUUGGUUGCCUUCUGGCUGUUACCCAAUUUUUUCAGGCUUGAAGACACUGCUUACUCUUUUAGUAUUUAUGCUUUCAUUUUUUCAACCUUAUUUUUUUGUAAUUUAUGGUUAUAGGCUUGGGUGUUGUGUUCAUUAUAUUCAUAUGUUUGCUGAGCUUAAGUAGCUGAGAAAUUGUGUUUUUUUGUGAAGAUGUGUAAAUUGCAACUUGCCAUAGUCUCAAUGACUUUUUUUGUCAA